UAACAGGUAAGCCAGGGGUUAAAUGGUUCAAUAAAUUCUUAAAAGAUUAUGAUUUAAUUCCCAAAUACUUACGAAAAAUGGGUGCAGUUUAUGCUGUUGUAGUAUAUAAAGCCAAGAAUAUGGCCCAUGCCUAUACAAUCGCUGGAGAAGCCUUAC